AUGAACGACGACACCGCCGCGCUUGAAUUGAGGUCGUUCAAUCAUCAGCUCAGGCGCAUGGCCCAGCCUACGCCUGGUGUGAAAGACCGUCACGCUGUCCCGCCGAUAACGCUGGUCCCAGACGACGUGCUGCAUACCAUCUUCCAUUUCGUAGCCGAAUACUCCUACAGCCGCAUCGCAUAUGUCCCCAUCGGCAGAGAACGCGGACCCAGAGACGGGAUAUGCGUCGUAUCCCACGUCUGUGGGUACUGGCGUAGACUUGCUCUCAAUGAUCCUCAGCUAUGGGGGUACAUCGUGCUCAACCCCGACUCUAGCCUAGCCUUCUUGCAAACGUACCUUGAGCGAUCAAAGGACGCUCCCUUACGCAUCAGAUUGGAAGGCACGAGACCCACAUUCAACAGGAACAUCGAGAUUGACCUCAGAGCUCGUCUCUUGGCGGACCAUGUGCAUCGCAUCGUCGAGUUCAGAGCAGUGGAGUUCAGGCCUACCGAAAUGAAUACCAUACUCAAGUGGUUCAAGGGUGCAGCGCCGCGCCUACGCUGCCUCAUGCUCGAAGCCGACUCCCAACUUCUACAACCUGCCGUGUUCUCUGGCAACCUGCCUGCGCUGCGCGACAUCUACGUGAAGGGCGUCUCGAUGCCUUGGCAGCCAUAUCAAGAUCUCACGGACCUGCAGCUGAACGACCAGCUCGUACCAUCGAUGGAGAAGCUGGUGUGGACGUUACGACACUGUCCUCGAUUGAAGUCGCUCAAACUUGGAUUCCUUGACGCUAUGAUUCGCCAGGACACCGGGGAGCAACUUUGCUCUGUAGAACCGGUUGCUCUCCCUCGUCUUGAAGAGCUGUUCCUACGCUCUCACGUACAAGAGGACGUCGUCGACCUCAUCUCCUGUCUCAGAUUCCCUGACACCACUUCCGUCUCGCUCAAGCUACUUGGUUGGCACCGCCAUACCAUCGUAGACCUCCCGAAGGAAUGUCCUUCGUUAAGUGCGAUCACCUCCAAGGUGAAGGGCCUUUUCUUGGAGCUGACGGGCUGCGACGCCUGGUCGGCCAGCAUCGUCAUGACCUCCCGCAAACCCGAAUUCAAACUGCAGUGGGAAUGGUACCAAGAAGGGAAGAACAACGAAAUGGUCGACUUCAUUGGGCUGUCCCCUACAACGUUCCCCGCCUUGGAAGCUCUUGUGAUCAUUGCGACAUCGUACCAGCUCGACGUGCCACACUGGCGAUGCAUACUCUCUGCCUUCCCCUGCCUAGUGUACCUGAAGCUCGACAUCAGUAUGUCGAUGAUCGCUAACUUCUGGACGGCCCUCGUACCGAAAUUUCCACGGAACGAAAAUAUGCUUGAUGCGCUCGUGGUUCCUGCCCUGCGCUAUUUGAAAGUCGAGCGUAUGGAGGAGCAGGAAACUGUUUUCAACGUACUUGGCGAGUGCUUCCGCGCCCGCGCCAACCGCGGCUGCCGCUUGCGCACCCUCGACUUGGUCAUGAGAUCAGGGCGAGCGUUCCCACCUACGGUCCUUGACAUUUUGACGGAGAACAUCGGGAAGGUCAAUAUCACCUACGUACGGAACCCAUACAGCUUAGACGAAGGGGAGGCGCACCGUGCUGGUUCAUCCCGCAAUUCCUCCCAUCCGAGACGCGAGCCAUCGAUGUCCCCUUCUAUCCUACGGCCGUAGAGCCUUGCGGGAGAUAGAAGGAAGGGCCUCGCCGCUAGGUAUCAAUCGUACCUUGGUGAAUUUUAUCUGGUGGAUCGGAGCUCAAAGGACCAAGACAGUUACAAAAUCAGCUCAAUAUUAUGUGUAUGUACAUGUACAGUACUUUUACAUAAGAGUGCCUAAUAUCGGUGGCCUGCGAUACUACGCACGGCCCAUGUCGAGUUUAUGUCCCGAC